AUGAUCCUCUCAGUAUUGCUCGCGGUCCUUGUAGUGGCGAAUGCCGAGUUCAAACCUCGUCCAAUUCCUGAAUUUGCCAGACAUUUGACAGGGCAGGCGUUAGUCGACUACUUAAAGAGUAGCCAGCCACUUUUCAAGGCAGGUAUUCCCAAGAUGUCCUACGAGCAAUUCAAAUCCAAAAUAAUGGACGCUAAAUACCUUGAAAAAGAUGAGAGUAUUCAAAUGGCAACAGAAAUCGCCUCUGAUGAAGAGAUUCCAGAAAGUUUCGAUGCUCGAGAAAAGUGGCCAGAAUGUAACUCUAUCAAACUUAUCCGUGAUCAAGCCAACUGCGGAUCCUGCUGGGCUGUAUCAGCAGCUUCGGCCAUGUCUGACAGAGUGUGCAUUCAGUCAAAAGGCGCGAAACAGACCCUCAUCUCCGAUGCUGAUAUUCUGUCGUGCUGUGGUAAAUUCUGCGGUUAUGGGUACGUUUAA